AUGUCAGCAGGCGUGACUCUCAAAGAUAAAAUAAAAAGCGAACGAGUACGUGCAAGUGUUAAAGUUGAAUCCGCCAUCGAAGAAAACAUGAAAGAGAAACAACUACGUUGGUACGGCCACGUGAAAAGAAGAGAUCCCGACCACAUAAUACAACAAGCAAUGAAUUUUGACCUGAAUCCCACGAGAAGAAGAGGAAGACCGCAAAGUAGUUGGCAACGUCAAUUGGAAAAGCAGCAAAGAGAUCACGGCAUCACAGACGAAGAAAUAGAAAAUCGCGCACAAUACAGAAGAAGACUCCGUGGAAUACAUACAAACCCUGGUGAACCAGCAGCAGCGGUUCCUAACUAG